AUUUUGUGACAUCUAUCCUAAGAUUUCGUAUUCAAUAUUUUUAUUGCCUGAAUUAUGGGUGAUAAUAAAUCUCCAAAUGAGCCCAUAGUCUCUAGUCCAGAUAAAAAUAAAACUAAACUAAUUGCUAAUAACGCAGAAUGUAUUUUAAAUAUCAAUUGCUCAACAGAAAUAGUGCCUAAAAAGUGUAAAAAUAUUAUAAUGCCUAAUACUAAUGAUAAUAUACCUGAAACCACAAAUAUGCAAAAUGAUUUAAAUGAGAAUAUAUCACAUGAAAACGAAGCAAAUCAUACUCCAUCUAGUGAUCUAGAAAAUAUAGCACCCAUUCAAUAUUCUGAUUCAAAUAAUGACACGAUUAAGGAUUCACAUAUUAUUGAGCAUACUCUACCAGAUAUCUCAGGAAUUGCUGAUCCUGAAACAGAAAAAAUUAUAACUAUAAAAAUCUUAUUUAAAAAAGAAAAAUAUGAUAUACCAAUGAAAUUAUCUGCUACUAUUAAAGAUUUGAAAGAAGAAGUGAACAAAAAGACAGGUUUGCAUACAACACUACAAAAAAUUAUGUUUAAGGGAUUAACAAAAGAUGAACAAACACUUAAGGAUUUAAAUGCUGUUGAGGGUUCUAAAUUUAUGGUAAUUGGCUCAACAUUAAAUGACAUUAUGUCUAUCAGACCCCCAGAUAAAAUACUUAAUUCUGCUUUAGGUGCAUUAGAUGAUUCUUUGGACCCUUCUAAAAGUGAUUCACAUCUACUUUGCAAACAAAAGUUGCACAUGAAAGUUUUGGAUAAAGGAAAACCAGAUGAUACCAUGGUUGGUAUAAAAAAUAUCAAGGCUCCACUACCUUUAGAACCCUUAUCUGGAAUGCUCGAAAGAGGUGGAGGUAAAGUGAGACUGACAUUCAAACUCGAAUUAGAUCAACUAUGGAUUGGGACUAAAGAUCGGACCCAGAAGAUCCCCUUAAACUCUAUCGUUAAUGUGGUCAGCGAAGCCAUACAAGGCCAAGAGGAAUACCAUAUAAUGGGCAUACAACUAGGACCGACUGAAGCAUCCCGUUAUUGGAUCUAUUGGGUCCCUGCUCAAUAUAUAGACGCGAUCAAAAAGGCCGUUUUUGGAUGAAAACAGAUUUUUAUAUGCGAAUAUUUUUAUAUUUUUGUAUAGGAAAAAAUAUUAAAAUUGAUUGUAGUAGUUUUUUUAGCAUAGGUUGGUUUAUUUCUUAUAAAAUUAAAAAUAAUUUAUAUUAUGUUUUA